AUGGACUCUUGUCUAGAUCAUUUUGCUCUGUUUCCACUCUUUCCAGUAGAGAUUCGAUUGAACAUAUGGAAUCGCUCUUUCCCAGAACCCCGAAUAAUUGAUCUCAAACUCAUCAACUCCAAAGGAGAAUCACUCAACCAAAAGAAUCGAACAAUCGACGGUCCUUGGCAUUGGGCCAGCACAUCUUCAUUCUCUCUACCUUUACUACAAGUCAACCACGAAGCGCGACGCUUGAUGCUACAAUCAUAUAAACCUACCAAUAUCUGCCAGCAGAACGGCGCAAUUCUCUACAUCGAUUUUGAAAGAGAUACGGUGUACCGAGCUUGCUAUCAAUGUGAUCCCCUCUUUCAAUUCGACCUCACACACGAUACCGUUGUGAGCAACGCUUCAAGCUGGACAUCCAAUGUCACAAAUCUAGCCCUUCAUCUUACCGUCUUCAAAGGGCGAGAUGCCAGCGGACAAACAAUUGUUUGCCCUUCGCUGGACACUUUCAGUCUUCCAAGUGCUCGACAGGGUCCACUUCGCAAUCUUCACACGGUGUGUAUGCAUUUCCCUGCUCUCAGGAAGUUAUGGAUAGUCAUUGAUGGCCGUGAUGAUCAAUUUGUCGGCAAAGACGAGAUCGUCGAUCCCUCGCCACAGCAUGGGGAUUGGUUCCUCCACAUCAAGAUGGUCGAUGCUCUCGGAGCUAUUGAGUUAGUGGUAGAGGAUUCGAGAAACCAACAGCCGGAUUCAAGUCUUCCUCAGAUCAAUCUCGGGCUCUUGACGAAUGGACAAGACAACGAGUUGGCGACGAGACGGUGGUACUACGAUUUUGCUGGUCGUAAGUUUGAGCAGCCGACUGCUAAUUCUGGACGUUUCUUCCGCGCUCCUGGAGAUAGUGAUAGCGAGAGUUCUGGUCUUAGCGAGGAUGAUGGGGAUUUCAUUGCCACGGUUUUGGACAGCGAUGGUAGAGCUCCUGGUACAUUUCAUUGUAUCCCUGGUCAUGCUUCGGACUCGGAUGAAUAG